AUGUUUUCCGGCUCAAGCUCCUUCCUCGGCGGCGCCAACAGCCAGCGCGGCGGUCCUCAGUAUGGCCAGCAGCAACAGCAGUCCUUCCAGCAGCCUACAGGCUUCGGUGCGCAACCCACAGGCUUUGGCGGGCCCCAAUUACAGCCUCAGUUCACAGGGUAUCCGCCCCAACAGCAGGGCUUCGGGCAGCAGCAACAGCCAAUGCAGCCACAGUUUACUGGCUACCCGGGCCAACAGCAGCAGGCUUUCCAGCAGCCUCAACAGCCUCCACAGCAGCAGGCCUUCCAGACUGGACAGCAGAGCAUGCCACCCCCUGCUCAGUCUCAGCGGCCACAGCCCACGGGAAUGACCUCUGCGCAGGUGGCAGAUUCGUUUAGAUCGGCAUCCGCACCCGCUGCUCCAAGGAAAGCUUCGACAGGCGGUGCCUCGAAGAUACCGAAUAUCAGACUGUCAUUUAUCGCGGCGACUGACCAGGCCAAAUUCGAGCAGCUAUUCAAAUCUGCUGUAGGCACUGAGCAGGCGCUCUCCGGUGACAAGGCGAGAGAACUGCUCCUACGAUCGAACUUGCCGGGAGACGCUCUGUCUCAUAUUUGGACUUUAUCAGACACAACCAAAUCAGGACAGCUCCUCUUUCCAGAGUUCGCCCUCGCCAUGUACUUGUGCAACCUCAAGCUCGUUGGCAAGGAGCUUCCAAACACGAUACCGGACCGCAUAAAGAACGAGGUGUCGAGCAUGGUGGACAUUAUAUCGUUCAACGUGGCAGACGACCGACCGCAAGCGCCCCCGAAAAGCAACGCUCCGAACUUCGAUGCGCCUCUAAGGCAGAAUGCAGCAUCUCCGCCUACGAUACAGCAGCCACAGCCUCAAAUAUCGAACAGCCAGCUGCUAUCCACACUAGCGCCCCAGCCUACCGGCAUGCAGCCUCAGAUGACAGGCUUUCCGGGACAGGCUGGAUUUGGCCAGCAGCCUACAGGUCUCCAACCGCAACUCACUGGUUUUGGCGCCAUGCCUCAAGCCACUGGUUACAAUGGGCCUCGACCACCUAUGCCACCCAUGCCAUCCGGGUUCGGUACAGGUCUCUCUCCUCAGCAAACUGGCAUGAUUGCUCCCCUGAAUGCUCAGCCCACCGGUAUGCCCGGCCAGUGGGGCCUAGUCAACGCGCCUGCAUCCGGUCUCCCGAACAUCCAGGCGUUGCAACAGCAGAUGAUGCCGCAGCCUGGCCGGGAAGCUGGCUUCACAACAACCGGUCUUCGCGGCAACGCAACCGUACCGUGGGCAGUCACGAAGGAUGAGAAAAGAAUCUACGACGACCUCUUCAAGGCAUGGGAUGGGUUUGGCAAGGGCUACGUCACUGGUGAUCAGGCAAUCGAGAUUUUCGGUCAAAGUGGGCUGGACAAGGCAGAUCUUGAGCGGAUUUGGACGCUGUCGGACCCAAACAACAAGGGCAGGCUCAAUCUGGACGAGUUUGCGGUUGCCAUGCAUCUCAUCUAUCGUAAACUCAACGGAUACCCGGUUCCCAAUCGGCUCCCACCGGAGCUGGUCCCUCCGUCGACGAGGAACUUCAACGACUCUGUAGGUGCCAUGAAGUCUCUGAUCUCUAGGGAUGCAGAGGAGAGAAAGAAUUCCGGCGCCUUCCUGCAACCACAAAGAACAGGUGUAAGCUACCUCAAGACCCACUCUUUUCGUGCCCCAAGCCCACUUGCUGCGGGUCGGAAAGAUGCCACGGUCUUCCGCAACAAUGACGAUGACAUGGUUGGCUACAAGUCAAGUGCUCGCCAUCGCAUUGGCGCUGGUGGGCGUUCGCCUUCCCCCGCUGCACCAUCGUCUCCCCAGUCUGAGCGUUCGGUUGAUGAGCCGUCCAUCGAUCAGCUGCGCAAGAUGAUUCGCGAGAAGCAGGUGCUUCUCGAUGCCAUCGACUUUCAGGACGAGAAUGCGGCAGAGCAGGAUGAUGCACUCGACCGCAAAGACCGACGCGAUGCUGAGGAUCUCUACCACCGGAUCAGGCGUAUACAGGAGGACAUCGAUAAUCACCCGAGCGCUGCUCUCCACUCAGGCGACUCUGACGCGGAACGUAGGACACUCCGGCGACAGCUGCAAGGCCUAAGAGAUCGGCUGCCAGAGCUGGCGUCUCAUGUCAGACGCACAGAGCGCGCCAUUGCGGACGCCCAGCUCGAACUGUUCCGGCUGAAGGACGCAAAGGCACAUCCAAACGCCGCGGCUGCUAUCGUCGGUAGUGGACCCGGCGGUGCAGUCACCGAGUCUGACCGAUUGAAAGCGCGCGCAAGAGCUAUGAUGCAGCAACGGUCUGCAGCCCUGCGAGGCGAGAAAGUAGCGACUGGCGACGAUGCCGAGGGCGCAGCGAGGCGGCUUGAAGAGGAGAGCUCCCGUAUUAAGAGCGAGAGAGAAACCAAUGAGCGUAUGGUCCAGGACGUUGAGGACAGCGUUAAUGAAUUUGGUAAGGGUCUCGAAGACAGCCUGAAGGAAGGGGCACAGGACGCGUCUAGUGAGCAUGAGCGUAGAAGGUGGGAAGAUGGUCUGGGUGUCGAGGAUGAGGUUAAGGAUUUCAUCUUUGAUCUGCAGAGGAGUAGCAGGGCGACUAAGGUCCGGAAAGAAGAGUAUGUCCCGCCCUUCAGACCUUCAACGACGACACGCAACGACAGUCCAGCGCCUAGCUCGGAGACCUCUCGCCCUGCAGUAACUCCAUCCUCUACUGGCACGUCUUACUCGUCAUACAAGACAGCGGAAGAGCGCGCAGCGUUCAUCAAGCAGCAAGCCGAACAACGCAUGGCAGAACGUCUUGCAGCGCUCGGUCUCCGCGCUCCUAGCAAGUCUGGUGAGACGGCGCAGCAACGGCAGGAGCGUGAGAAGAAGGAACGAGAAGAUCGCCUUCGCCAGGCUGAAGAGGAAGACCAACGGCGCGAGCAAGAGCGGUUGCAGCGGCUGGAGGCUGAGGGCGUCAUCCCACCCUCAGUCGGUAAAGCCGAUGCUAAGAAACCUCCGCCACCACCAUCUCGCAAGAACAAGGCCGAAGCGCCUCAGAGCGAUAAGAAUCAGUGGCAAGCAGAGAUGAAGCGUGCUGACAACGAGAUUGCUGGUCAAGCUCUGAGGGAGCAGCAAGAGGCGCAGGAAGCAGAGACGAAGCAGAUGGAAGACGAAGAGCAGCGGCAAGAACGAGAGCUUGCUCAAGAGCGAGAGGCCGCUCAGGCCCGUCUGCGUGCCCUCGAAGAGCAGGUAAAAGCAGGCAAAGUGAAGAAGCAAGAGGAGAAGCGACGAAGAGAAGCUGCCCAACAGGAGGCCAAAGCGAAGGAAGCGCGUCUAGCCGCUCAGCGUGCGGAGCUUGAAGCAGCACGAGAACGGGAACGUCAGCUUCAGUUGCAGCUCGAGGGAUUGGGUGAUGAGGAUUCUUCAGACGAAGAAGGACCCCAACAGAUUACGCCUCAAGAUACCACACCAACCGCCAGCCAAGAACUGCCUGCGCGAGACGCACCGCCAGCAGCACCACCCAUGCCACCGACCGCGCCGCCCCUACCACACCAAGCCAGCUCACCUCAAUCAGUCACAAGCCCUCCGCCCGACACAGAAACUAAGAACCCCUUCCUAAAGAAAAUGGCCCAAGCCAACGACGCCGCCGCCGUCCAAGCCCAGGUGACGCAAAACCCCCCACCAGCAAGCGAAGUCUCGACCAACCCCUUCCACCGCAUCGCGGCACAAGACUCCGCCCGCACCCCCUCCUUCGACACCACCUCCCCCCCCGCCACCCGUCCCACGCGCGGCAGAGCAAACACAUCAAACACAGACGACUGGGACGCCAGCACUACCACCGACGCAGACUCCUCAGACGACGACGACCGCCCCACCGGCGGCUCGGCUAAACAACUCGCCUCCAUCCUUUUCGGCACCAUGGGGCCGCCGCGCCCGCUGUCGUCGAUGGACAACAAGUCCCCCCGGCCCGACAGUCCGCAGGUCUCGUCUCCGCCUCCUGCGCCGCCUAUGCCGUUGGAAAGCGCGCCGCCGCCUCCACCGAUGCCGGGCGCGUUUCCGGGCGCUGCACCGCCGCCGCCUCCUAUGCCGGCUGGUGGUGCGCCUCCUCCGCCUCCGAUGCCGAAUCUGAGUGGGGGAGGGGGAGGGGAUAGGGGCGCGUUGUUGGGGCAGAUUCAGGGGAUUAGUAAGAGUGCGUUGAGGAAGGUGGAGACGAAGGAUCGGAGUACGGCUAGUGUUGCUGGGAAAGUUUUAUGA